UGCAGUUUCAUCUCCUUUGACGGGCGAACCUACUUGGCGCUUUUCCCCUUUGGAGGUAUUCACACAGCCCGCCACGAAAUGUAAGCGUAUCAUCGAUCCACAGCGUCCUCUUUGAAAUAGCGUACGAGUAAUUGGCAAUGAACCGGGCGAGGAGGCUUCGGGUACCGUGGCUGAGCAGUACUCGACGCCCGAUUGACAUUAUCCUCUCUGAAGGUUCUGGGUGCGCCCCAUCGUCGUCGUCGUCGUCGUCCUCAUCAGCUGCACGUCGAGUAAGCAAGCGCAGUGGAGCGCAGGGAAAAGAGACCCAGGACAAGGUCGAAAGGUCGAAAGAGGACACGAUAUCGUUCACGACUCUCAUUUCGGCGCCGGCACGCGAGUGGACAUCAUUCCACAACCGGCUUCACGCCCGAGGCACCGUUCACGAUCAAAAACCUCGGCGGGUUUGGAGAAACGCUGGCAAUAAGAAAGCUGGGCCCGCGGGCGCAAAGCGACCCAUGCUGCGGAUGACCGGCGGAAUGGUACACGCAAGCUCGACAGGCUCGGCAGGGCUCCUCGAGUUUAACACGACAGCCAGCGGCAAGGUGACCUGGAUCGUUUGAAUGGCGUACGCAUCGUCUGGCUGAUUCAGUGGACGGCAUCCGGUCAAACCCAGCAGUCCUUGCCGACUCUGGGCUCCGCUAAAGAAGCGUAAACGGUCAAAGGUCCCAAUGGCAUGGGUUGGAUCCAGCGUGAGGGAAACACCUAGAAGGCAGUUUGUGCCGAGGGGUGGAAGGGGGGAGGGAUGCAGUUAGUUUCGGUCCCCCUGUCCGCGUGGUCCCAUUCUCCAAGUCCUCGGUCGAUGUAUCGACAGUGACGAGGGAAAA